UUUGAAAGCUUUUGAUAUUAUUAUCGGAAGUUGGAGAUGUAGAUGAGUUAUCGUGAAUUCAUACAGUCUCAUCGAUGAAAAAGUCAGGAGUUGAAAUCUCUAGAAAGCGGCAGCUUUUGAGAAGCCUCUAGUCAUGUGCAUAUCGACGUGACGUCAUUUCGUCGAAUAAAAUGCGAAUACGCGCUAAGAGCAACGCUCGAUCCAAUACAGCGAGGGUAAGAUCACCGGUCAUAGAUUUAUCACACAGUGACAGACGUGUCGAUUUAUCGUGUCGUGUGUGACGACGUGCAGCAGCAGAUACUCUCGAUACAAGGGUUUGGACUCCGGAACCGAGCGUUUUGAACUCGGACAGGUAUCGACAUCGAAGAACGUGAUUGAUAAACGGCACGCGGGUGCAGCGUACGGCACUUACCAUGGAAACCAGCGGCAACAUUUCGGACUUUCUUUAUCCGUUUACCAAUCCGGCGAUGUCGAACAACAGCGCGUUUUGCCGAAACUUCAGCAACAGCUCGAGUGUCACGAACCUGAGCAGCUCCAGAUGUGACAGGACGCCUGAGCUGGACAAGAGCUCAACUCCUGUCAUAGUCGCGAUCAUCAUCACUGCUUUAUACUCAAUAGUGUGUGUUGUGGGACUGGUGGGCAACGUGCUCGUUAUGUAUGUUAUUAUCAGAUACACCAAAAUGAAAACUGCGACCAACAUCUACAUCUUCAACCUUGCUUUAGCAGAUGCCCUGGCAACAAGUACUCUCCCAUUCCAGAGCGUCAACUACCUGAUGGGUACGUGGCCAUUUGGAGAUGUGCUGUGCAAGAUUGUGAUGUCCAUUGAUUACUACAACAUGUUCACCAGCAUCUUUACCCUCACCACAAUGAGCGUCGACCGUUACAUAGCUGUCUGCCAUCCGGUUAAAGCCUUGGACUUCAGAACCCCCCGUAAUGCCAAGAUUGUCAACGUGUGUAACUGGAUCCUUUCAUCCGCUAUCGGGCUUCCUGUCAUGGUCAUGGCCUCCACUACGCUUGAGUACAACAGCAGCUCGUUCACCAUCACCGACUGCACUUUGCUCUUUCCCCACCCUUCCUGGUACUGGGAGAACCUCCUGAAGAUCUGCGUUUUCAUCUUUGCCUUCAUCAUGCCUGUGCUCAUCAUCACUGUCUGUUACGGCUUAAUGAUUCUCCGCCUGAAGAGCGUCCGCAUGCUGUCUGGCUCGAAGGAGAAGGAUCGCAAUCUGCGCCGCAUCACCCGAAUGGUCCUGGUGGUGGUGGCGGUUUUCAUCGUCUGCUGGACCCCGAUUCACAUCUUUGUCAUCAUCAAAGCCCUGGUGACCAUUCCCAGCUCGCUCCUGCAGACUGUCACCUGGCAUUUCUGCAUCGCCCUCGGCUACACCAACAGCUGUCUCAACCCAGUCCUCUACGCCUUUCUGGAUGAGAACUUCAAGCGAUGUUUCCGGGAGUUCUGCAUUCCAAGUCCUUCCGUGCUCGACCUGCAGAACUCCACGCGCACCAGGAACCCCCAGCGCGAGGGCCAGUCCAGCGGCCACACGGUAGACAGGACGAAUCAGCAGGUAUGACUAGUCCUGGAGAUGUCAUCACUGGAGUCCCGCUGCCAGCCCAGUGUUGACAUGAGCUCAGAGGUCACACAAGUCACCACGGGUGUCUGACACCUGCUGCUUGAAAUGCCAACCAGUGAGUCGAAGUACCUCUGAGUAUCUCACUAGGCCUCCCCCAAAGAGUUCUUCACAAUUUUGGUAUGGAGAGAGACUGUUGGUGUACAUGAGAGAGAACCUCACCUCAAACUAGACUUCAGUGUGACGUAUGAUGUGAUGAUAUUAUGAUACACCCUAAAUGACAGACAGAGUUUAUUUCUAUGUCUGGAUGUUCACAUGCAUCAGAUGUGACCCUUAGGUUAGACAUAUGCAUUUGACCAUCACUUAAAGGGAUAGUUCACCCAAAAAUGAAAAAUCUGUUAUCAUUUACUCACUCUCAAGUUGUUUCAAACCUGUAUGAAUUUCUUUAUUCUGUUGAACACAAAAGACGAUAUUUUGAAGAAACUACACAGUUCUGGGGCACCAUUGACUACCAUAGUUUUAUCAUACUAAAGUAGUCAAUAGUGCCCCAGAACUGCUUGGUUACAAACAUUCUUCCAAAUAUCUUCUUUGUGUUCAGAAAACAACACAAUUUAUACUUGAGGGUGAGUAAAUGAUGACAGAGUUUUCAUUUAUGGGUGAACUAUCCCUUUAAGAACUGUAUUAUAUACUGUAUAUUCACUCAGCUAUAGUUGCAAAGGUCCCUUUUGUAAAUGUUAAUGUAAUAUACUAUAAAAAUGAUCAUUUUAUAAGUGGAAGCUUUGUAGACUGCUGAAACAAAUCCAUUCACGUAUGUAAAUGAUGUACAUGUCAUUUAUUCAUCAUUUCCAGCAUUCACUGUAUUAAAGUAUUUUUAGAUUCCUUGUUUGCUUUCAUGGCCUUUGCAGUUUGAUUAAGCCGUCAUUCAAUCGUGUUUCUUUGGAGUGACUAUUAAUCAUCAAAUGACUGUUGAAAGCGAAACACACUGUUUCUCUGAUUUACUGUGAGCUUUAUAUAAAAGCCAGUAAGAAGCACCUUAUGCAACAAUAGAUAAUCUUCACGCUUCAGUGGUUACAAGUGUGUUGUGCUUGUACUUUGAUGCUAAGUUCUUGUACAAAUGUAAAUGUCCAAUGUAAUUGUCUGAAUGUCACUCAAAUUAAGACGAUGUGUCUAAAAAAACAAACCUUUUACAGUUUGCGCUAAAACUAUUUAAGAUGUGUGUGCAGGUGUUUAUGUAAGUUUUUAUAUACUGUGUGCAGCAUCUUAAAUAAAGCAUUAUCUAC